AUUUCAACUCGUUUAUAAAAUUCAUAAAAUAUUGUAUAGAAAACUAUAUUCAAAACAUGAAAAAGAGUACACAGUUAGAAAAUGACAGUUUCGUAUCUCAUGAAAAAGAAAAAGAAAGAACAGCAACUACAGUGUUAGCUGUUUCCAUUGCAUCUUUGUUAUCUAUCUCUUGUGGUUUUGUUUUACAUUUUCCGAAUCCAUUAAAGCUUGCUAACGAGCAGUGGUACACCGCAGGUCAUAUUUCACUUGUAAUUGGGGCAUCUAUUGGUAGUGUAUUUGCUGGAAUUUUUAUUGACAAGCUUGGUAGAAGAUCAACUAUUCUUAUGACCUCAAUAAUCUACCUUUUUGGUUAUGUGUUACUAAUAUUUGGUUGUCCAGAAAUUCAAAACAACGAAGGUUUUUCAAAUUUUUUUACUGUAUUUGGCUGUAUCUAUUGUGGUAUUGGAGUUGGUAUGACUUCUCUUGUAGUACCAGUUUACAUUGCUGAAGUAUCAUCAGCGCGUUUACGUGGAGUCAUGGGCGCCAUAACUAAUCAUACAAUAGUUUUUGGAAUAUUUUCAUAUUCCUUGACUGCAGAAAUAUCUAAUUGGAACGUAAAGUAUUAUUAUUCCGUUUUACUUGGGCUGGUUGUAAUUCUGUUAAGUUUUUUAAUGAUUUUUAUGCCGGAAACGCCGAGAUGGCUUUUAGCCAAUGAUCAACGAGAAAAAGCAUUUAAAAUUCAAUUGUGGCUUCUUGGUGUUAAAUCUGAUGCAGAAGACGAAUGUAACCAAAUUGAAAUAAAUUUAGCAUACCAGCAUAUUGCAUCUGUUAACGAUUUUCGUUCACCGGGUUUGUAUCGUCCUCUUACAAUUGGAUGUUUAUUAUUUUUAAUUCAUCAGUUUACUCUUAUUGGAUACAUUUCUUAUUUGUCUCGUUUACUUGGCCGUUACAAACAUUUAUAUAUUACUAUAAUUUGCUUUUUACUACAGUUGAUACUUUCAUUAGCAGGAUGUUUUAUAGUUGACAGAUUUUUUCGCAGACAUAUUCUUUUAUUUGGAAGUACAAGUUUACUUUUUUGUAGCAUUGGGUUUGCAAUUUUAAAUUUAUUUUUAAAAAUAAAUGUUGAUAUGGUCUAUCUCAUUAUAUAUGCUACAAUAUUUAUCACUACAUGGGGAUCCUUACCAUGGAUCAUUACUUCGGAGAUAUUUCCACCUCGUGCUCGUGGACUUCUCGGUGGUAUUGUUAGAUCAUUUAUUUGGUUGUUUUAUAUUCCCACGGAAAGAGUUUUCUUAAAGUUGAUAUCCGUAAAUGGCGCUCUUUGGUUUACAGCUUGCAUAUCUUUUCUUAGUAUACUGUUUAUUUAUUAUAUUGUACCGGAAACAAAAAAGCUUACUUUAGAAGAAAUUGAACAUUACUAUCUUAUCAAUCGUGGCUUUCGAAAUUAUUUGGUUUAACAACAGUUUUUUUCUGCUUUUUAUCUUUAGUGUUGUUAGAAAUGCUAAAGUUGAAAUUUGAGUUUGGUUUUUAAGUUAUUUUUUUUAGAUCAAGUGUAUAUUUAUUAAAUAAAAUGUUGUUUACUAUAUUGUACAGGGAAUAAAUGAGCCUGGUUUAGAAAAAGAUUGCCAUCUUUAUAAACUUGAAGUUUUAUAGCCAUAAGUGUCAUAAAACAAACUAUGAACAUAUGUUUUGUUUUUUUUUGUAUUUAGUUUAUUUUGCUGUUUAACAAAAGCAAUCAACAUACAUAAUACAAGAAAGAAAAAAUACGUCCGUAGAAC